AACGUUUGCCGGAUAUUUUACCACCAGGCUGCGUAUGCGCGCCGUUCCGCACAGAAAUAAUUAUCAAACUUCAACUCAGCCUGCACACAUACCUUCGAUUCCACUUUCAAACCGUCUUCCUCUUGUUCUGCUUGCUUUUUCUGUUAGUCAGACAUGGAAAAUACUUUUACAAAGAAAACGAGAGAAAGACUAUUAUCAUACUGACUAUAUUGUGAGACUGACUUAUUCUGUACUUGACAGCUGUUCAUUUUGGGUUUUAAAUAUUGGAGUUUUCCUCUAAUUUAAGGUUUAAAUGUUUUAAAGCCUAAAACAUGUUCACAAGCGGCAUAAAGACUCUGAAUGAUAUGGUACUUGGCUCUUGGUCUCAGACCCCAGAAGAGCACAGUACUGGUGUCUUGGGCCGGAUCGGGAGCUGGUUCUCCCCCUGGAAAGAAAGAGGGAGCCCCAGGAGUCCAAGUGACGAUGCCUCUCAGUCCCAGACGGAAGACCAGAGCCCCAGGCCACAAGGAGAGGGGGCCCAGGAGGAGCCUGUGAGGGGAGAAGAGGAGCAGCAGAAGGAGGGACCGAAUUCCCAGCCUGCCCAGCGGCAUCUCUCCAGGGUUUUUGAGGAGUGGAACACGGCGGACGCCAGAGCGUCUACCCACAGGGACAGCCCCCUCUCUGCAGCCAGCAGCCACAGCGAGUGGGGAGAAGGAGGAGGUCCUAGGGAGGAGGAGUGGUGGAUUGCCUCGCAGGGAGAGGAAACGGAGGAGGAGGGGGGAAGGAGCAGUGGAGCGAGCGGGAAUCCUGCCCCGAAGAGGAAUGCCAGCCAUCUGACACGUGUUCUUUCAUCUGCCCUUGAAGAGGGAGUGGCCUGGGAGGACUUUGACCGACAGGAACACACCCAGGCCCUGCCCCGAGCCCAAGUCCAGGCAGGCAAGAGGCUGCAUGUGUACCUGGAGGAGACGAGCCUGAGCCUGAGCCAGAACGGAACGAACACCCACACAAAGCAGGAAGUGCCCCACACCAUCAUCACCACCAGGGUGAAGAAAAGACUUCAGGUGGUUUCCAGAGCAAAAUCAUCCAAGAGUGUUGACUUGUCAUCAGAGAACACCAAUACAAAGGAGAGGACAGAGGAGCGCAAAAGGAUUUGUCUCAAAGCUGCUAUAGGGAUCAAAGGUCAUAGCAGUUACAGUGCCCUGGUGGGAGUGUCACUGAAGUCCCCUACAGAGACACAGACGAGCUCACGGACCAUCCCUGAGCUCUCUGGUGAAGAGGAGUCAGACAGAGACACAGACACGAUGGGCCGUAAGAACUCAGGCAAGAGGCGGUCCAGGAAGAACUCCUCCGGAGACGGAGGAGGAGCCAGUUCUCAGGAGAAUACACCCACCAAAACCCAGCCUGGAGUCGAGAACUCACCUACAUCAUCAGAAUAUAACACACCUAAACCUGGAGACUCCACCCCCUCCUCUUCUAAAGACGAACAUGCUUCAGUUCCCCAAAAAAUACGCAGAGGGAAGGAGAGGGAGGAAGCCCAGGAGGACCUAGACGCACCAGUACACGCCACCCUGGUGGCCGUGGUGGACGGGGAAGGGGACAUGGACAUAGACAUGGUCGAAGACACUAGCCCAUGUCGGGUGGAGAGGCGCACGGAGAGCGCCGAGUCCAAACGCCGGAGCGUGAAGGUGUCACACAGCGAGGUGAAGUUCUUUGCGAAGAAAGUAAUGGUGAACUCGGAGCAGCCACUGAGUCCAGAGGGAGAUGGAGGACACAUAGCCGUGAGCUUUGAGAAAGGAGGAAUGGCUACAGGAAAGGUCACGGAGGGUCAUGAUACAGCUAAGGGAAAGGGCAAGGUGGAACCGAAGGUGACCAAGAGACCACCUGAUUUAAAGAAAGUGGACGAGGAAUCCAAGACUCCUCAGCCUAUUGGGAGGAUCGCAGAUAGGAUCAGCCUUUUCGAGGGGAGAGCGAUGGGGGUUGCCAGUCCCAGUAAGACUUACCCCAGGAGUGCAGAUGUUUCUCCCACCAGGAAAGUCACAGAGCAGCUAAGAACAAAUGUAAACAGAGAGCUCAGGUUGCCAGAUCAGCGGGAGAAAUCGGUGGAACGUGGCGAUGCCAGGUCCAGCUCGGCCCCCCCUGUUCGGGAGAAAUUAAAAACGAUACGGGAACGGGCGAGGAACUUUGCAGAGGCUCAGAAGGUGGAUGAUAAAACAAUGGUACCCCAAAAGUCCUCUAGUAUUGCAGGAAUAGCUAAAAAUUCUACAGAUUCUGCUGUGUCAAAGACAACAAAACAGGACAUUCAGGUAAAACUGGCCAGCGGGGAAAAGACUCCUACUCGGAGCACCCCAAAGGCAGAGAUAACUUUGGAACCAGCGGAGCCAGGUACCACCCCAGUAGGGGUCAUGCCAGUUCCUAAAGCAGAUGAGACAGACUCCAAAACAAAGGACAAAGAGGCUACUGAAACAGUGGAGCUACCAAAGAGACCUACCAAUAUUGACCUAAAUACUUCAGUUAAAGGGGGGAGUAGCUCAGACUCAAGCCAGCUGACACCUCAGGUGGACUCAACCAAUGAGGUCAGCCCACAAUCCAAAGCCAACAGCAGACAAAACUCCAGGUCAAAGAGACGGAAAAGCAAAGGAGGGGAGUCAGCCAAUCACCUGAACCCGAGCUGUGACAUGAAACAGGAAGUGACAAACACUGAGCAGGAAGUGGUCAACAGCAAACAGGAAGAGGCAGGCACCACAAAGAAAAUGGCCACUGCAUUUGAGCAGGACGUUAAUACAGUUACAUCGCCACAAUACAGUCAAUCUGUAGACGUAAAAUCAGAUGUUAAAAAAGAGUAUGUUAGUGAAAACAGCCAACAAGUAGUCAUUAAAAAGCCAGCAGCCUCAGACAAGCAGAUCAAGUCAUUGUCAGAUGAAAAGGAAAAUUCUAACAAACCGUUAAAGGAAAAGAUGCAAUCACCCACAUCUCCAAAUGUCAACAAAGACAAUAAAAUGGCUACCUCUGAUCCUAUCAUUGUAAGAAAGGGGCCCAAUGAUAAAACUGUAGACAUUCUACCCUCACAGAGUUCCAAGGGAGAGAAGGCAGAGGGGGGAAGCUCUGAGACGACCUCUACCAUUAAGAUAAAUCAAAAUGUUUCCAAGGACAACAGCGAAACAUCCCUGUCUUCAUAUUUGCCUAAGAAUAAACAGACUCUUGGUCAAGACCCCUCUCGUGUGGAGAAAGGCUCACCUGUCCCACACGCUAAAGUCGACAACAGACCAAUGCAGCCUGAAAAGAAAGCGGUGGAAAUGGUAAAACAGCCUGAGAAAAAUACAGAUACAAAGUCAGAGAAGGAUUUUCCUUCAGGCAGUAGACAAUACACCCCUGAGACAGCUGCUACUAAAGCUGUCCCAACCUCUGUAGCUUCUAUUAAACCUCCAGCCUCACUGACUCCUACACAGCCUUCUCAGUCAGAUAAAACUGCCAGUGUUGUCACUCAGAUUGAUGAGACAGCGAUGGGAAAAAAGAGUGAUAAAUGUGCAAUCGAGCCUCCUAAGGAAGGGUCGUCUACACGUGUGCCUGAGCAGAAAACGAAAUCGUAUCAUCAGGACCCUGUAUUAGAAAAGCAGCAAACCAAUGUCUCAAAGCAGACCCAGUCUGUAAUGUCAUCUGAGGCGAAGACAGAUAAACCUAGCCACGACACACUGACACACAGAGUGAGGCCUACCCCAGAACCCACCCCCUCAAUGCCUAGCACUACAGUGCCAGUAGUAGAGAAGGACACCUCUGUAAAAACAGAAAGCAAGGCCUCAAAACCUACAGAGGUAGAUUCUACUCAGAAUCCUUCGGAUACCAAAGCCCCAGAAAAGACAAAGGGUCAGGGGGAGAAAGAACUACCUGGGCCAAAGCCGAAGAGCAGUGAGGGGUCAAGUCUGGAUGUUGGGAAGGAGAACUCCACUGCUGUAAAAACAGAAAACAAGGCCUCAAAACCUACAACGGUAGAUUCUGCUCAGAUUCCUUCGGAGACCAAAGCCCGAGAAAAGACAAAGGGUCAGGGGGAGAAAGAACUACCUGGGCCAAAGCCGAAGAGCAGUGAGGGGUCAAGUCUGGAUGUUGGGAAGGAGAACUCCACUGCUGUAAAAACAGAAAGCAAGGCCUCAAAACCUACAGCGGUAGAUUCUGCUCAGAUUCCUUCGGAGACCAAAGCCCGAGAAAAGACAAAGGGUCAGGGGAGAAAGAACUACCUGGGCCAAAGCCGAAGAGCAGUGAGGGGUCAAGUCUGGAUGUUGGGAAGGAGAACUCCACUGCUGUAAAAACAGAAAGCAAGGCCUCAAAACCUAUAGCGGUAGAUUCUGCUCAGAUUCCUUCGGAGACCAAAGCCCGAGAAAAGACAAAGGGUCAGGGGGAGAAAGAACUACCUGGGCCAAAGCCGAAGAGCAGUGAGGGGCCAAGGCUGGAUGUUGGGAAGGAGAACUCCACUGUAAAGACUAUAGCCCCAGAGG